UUUAUUUUCCAUUCACUUCUCCUUUUACACAAAUAGCCCCGGACAUCCGUGUUACCAGCCUUGUCGUGGCCAUUUCAAGUAUAAUCACCAAUCCUGCCUGAAGAACUGAGCGAAAGUGCCUGCAAAAGUCCUCCCCCAGCACUUCCUGUACUGAGUACCCAGUGUGUGCGAUCACCCCAGGCCCACAGACUGGGUAUCUGCACUCAGGAAGCUCCGGGCCCCAAGAGCCCCUGCAGGUACAAAAUCCUGAAGCAAAGAAACUGAAGAGAGAAGACUGCUACACACAGUAGGCCUCCAGGGUGGCUGCUGGGCCAGAGGAGGCAAGGACUGCAGCUGGAGUGUGACUGUGGGAAAGCUGUCUGGACACAGCUUUCUUCUUUGAGAAGAAGGGAGCCAUUUCCAAAGCCAUUGGGGCAAGAAUAUCCCAGCAUGGGCAUGAGUGGCUUGAAAUUGCUGAAGUACGUUCUGUUUUUCUUCAACUUGCUCUUUUGGUUUUGUGGCUGCUGCAUUUUGGGCUUUGGGAUCUAUCUCUUGAUCCACAACAACCUCUGGUUGCUCCCCUUCCUCCCACUGGGCAAUGUGCUUGUCAUCGUGGGCUCCAUUAUCAUGGUGGUUGCCUUCCUGGGAUGCAUGGGCUCCAUCAAGGAGAACAAGUGCCUGCUUAUGUCGUUCUUUAUCCUGCUGCUGAUUAUCCUCCUUGCGGAGGUGACCUUGGCCAUCCUGCUCUUCGUGUAUGAACAGAAGCUGAAUAAGUAUGUGUCUGAGAGCCUGACUACCAGCAUCCAGAAAUACAGCUCGGACAACAGCACCAGGGAGAUGUGGGAUUCCAUCCAGUCAUUGCUGCAAUGUUGUGGUGUCAAUGGAACAAGUGAUUGGAACGGUCACCCACCAGCAUCUUGCCCCCAAGGUCCACAAGUUCAGGGUUGCUAUGCAAAAGCAAAACAGUGGUUUCAUUCCAAUUUCCUGCAUGUUGGAAUCAUCACUAUCUGUGUAUGUGUGAUCCAGGUGUUGGGGAUGUCCUUUGCGCUGACCUUGAACUGCCAGAUUGAUAAAACCAGCCAGGCCCUAGGGUUGUGACCCGCUACUGCCUUGUGCUGAAGAGGCUUAUUUCAUCUCUGGAAAUGCAAAGUCAUUUAUAGCAUGAAGCCCUAAAUGGUCACCUCUUGGCCUGGUGUCUUUGUCCCCCUCUCAUCUCUUCCCUGUUUUGGUCCCUGUCUCAUACAACCAGAGAAGAGAUGUGUUUGCUAGUCAUUUCCCAUCUCAAGCACCAGAACAAUCAUUCACCCACUCAUGGAGACACACCUAUGUCCCUCAAGGUGGUGACACUAAUACCGACCAUUUUUCAGACAUGAGAGGCCAAGAGACCUCUGGCACUAAUGGUUCAAGAUCAAAGGAUGAGUCUGGGACUUGAAUCUUCGCAUCUUCUUAUUGUCAAAUAACUCUCUAGCCUCCAAAUGAUGCCCUGUCCACUCUCCAAAGUCAAGCAAAAAGACACACUGAAGGGAGUUCUGGGGCCAGACUCACUGGAUCACUGUUACAACCCCCUGCUUCCUUUUGGCUGGGCCUGGGCCUUGGCUACAGGAAUGACAGAGUACUCUUUCUCCAAAGGGUAAGGUUUCUUUCAACUUCCUUAUUACGGGCCUUAUUGAUUCAUUCUGUCCUUCCAGAAGAAACUGUCUAGUGAUUUGUAUCCUGACUUCAGCCAAUCUCAGCCUUUGAUUUACAUAGCUGUGGAGGAACUCAGCAGGACCAGUAUCUCUGGUGGUUUAGCUGAUAAUCACAUUCAUAAGAAUUCUGGUGUUAUUUCUCUAGCAAAUAAGGUUUUGUUAAUGUACUAUUUUAACUCUUCAAUAAACAAAAUAGCUUGUGAUCUCAA